GGGAUCGGAAGUGCCCGCCAAUUGCUUCGCUCACAUUUCUCUCGAAAUAAAGCGCCAAGAAGUCUAAGAUUAAUCUUCUUCAUCUGAUUAAGCUUAUUUUGACAGCAUAUAUAAGCUCGACCAAACAAAGAAUGGCUAAUGCAGAGGAUAAUCUACCACUUGUAUUCGACAAUGGAACUGGAAUGGUCAAGGCUGGUUUUGCCGGUGACGGAGGUCCAAGGGCGGUGUUUUCCAGUAUUGUUGGUCGGCCGCGACAUACACAUGUCAUGCCUGGGAUAGGACAAAAGGAUGCAUAUGUUGGAGAAGAAGCACAAUCUAAAAGAGGUAUUCUCAGUUUGAAGUAUCCAAUCGAACAUGGUAUUGUGACCAACUGGGAUGACAUGGAGAAAAUUUGGCAUCAUACUUUCUACAAUGAGCUUCGUGUUGCCCCUGAAGAGCAUCCUGUUCUUCUCACUGAGGCACCCCUCACCCCGAGCGCUAACAGAGAAAAAAUGACACAAAUUAUGUUUGAGACCUUUAAUGUGCCUGCUAUGUAUGUUGCCAUCCAGGCUGUUCUGUCUCUGUAUGUAAGUGGGCGAACAACUGGUUUUGUGCUCGAUUCUGGUGAUGGAGUGACUCAUACAGUUCCAAUAUAUGAAGGAUAUGUUCUUCCGCAUGCCAUUAUCCGUUUGAACCUUGCUGGUCGGGAACUCACAGAUGGCCUCAUGAGGAUUCUUACCGAGAGAGGGUACUCAUUCACGACUACCGCGGAGCGGGAAAUUGUUCGUGACAUAAAGGAGAAGCUGGCUUAUGUUGCUGUUGAUUAUGAGCAAGAGUUGGAGGACGCCAAGAGUAACUCAUCGAUCGAGAAGAGUUACCAACUUCCUGAUGGACAGGUAAUUACCAUUGGAGAUGAGAGGUUCCGUUGCGCUGAAUUACUUUUCCAACCAUCAUUAAUUGGGAAGGAAGAACCGGGGAUCCAUGAAGCAACGUACAACUCAAUCAUGAAGUGUGAUGUUGAUACUAGAAAGGAUUUAUUUGGCAAUAUUGUUCUUAGUGGCGGUUCAACACUGUUUCCUGGUAUUGCUGAUCGCAUGAGCAAGGAAAUAAAAACUGCUGUUUUAACGACCCAUCCCCGCGGAGGGUCUGUGGAAUAUCCAAAUCAGGAUUUUACAGAUGUUGGCCUCAGGCAAAGCAAGAUGAAAAUCAAGGUGGUCGCUCCAUCUGAGAGAAAAUAUAGUGUCUGGAUUGGAGGGUCAGUCCUUGCAUCUAUCAUGAAUGAUUCCCGCCAACAGAUGUGGAUCUCCAAGGCAGAGUAUGACGAAUAUGGUCCUGCAAUCGUCCACCGUAAAUGUUUCUAAGUAUAGUAUCUGUUGUGGUAAGUAUAUUUUUAUUGCAUAGAGUGAACAUGACAGAUAGAGUGUUAGAAGCUACAAUGAUUGAUUUAUACAAGCAUUGCAUAGAGUGAAAUAUCGUGUAGAGCGAACAUGGUGGAUGAAAUGUUAGGGGCAUCAUAUAGAGUGAACAUGGUCGAGGGAGUGAGUGCUAGGACUACACAGAACAUAGCCAAAUCCCAAACGAGGUGUUAUGGAGUGUUUCAUGGUGUUUUGUGAUUGUCCCGUGAUGUACUGAGAGUGAUAAAGUAGAUUGUAGAAAGAGGGAUAACCUGUUAGCCUUGUGGUCUUUAAUAA